AUGGGUUCUAACCAGGAUGUCUCGAGCCAGGGUAUCUCCAACCAUGAUAUCCCCAAUCAUGAUAUCCCCAACCAUGAUAUCCCCAACCAGGAUGUCUCCAACCAGGAUGUCUCCAAGCAGGGUGUCUCCAACCAGGAUGUCUCCAAGCAGGGUGCCUCCAAGCAGGGUGCCUCCAAGCAGGAUGUCUCCAUGCAGGAUGUCAACAUGAAGGAUGUCUGCAUGCAGGAAGUCACCAUGAAAGAUGUCUCCAAGCAGGAUGUCUAUCCCUCCAAGCAGGCUCCUUCUAACCGUGCUGCAUGGCUUACUGCCAGAUCAGCUCCCCUCAUGGUCGGUGUGGCACCAUUCACACCUCCGUCCGCCCAUCAAAUUGUCGUCAAGAAUGGUGCUGUGGCUGUCAAUCCCGUUGAAUGGACCAAGCAGUUGAUGGGCAACAUCAUGUUUCCUUGGAUCAAGUACCCUUUUGUGCUCGGAAAUGAUUGUGCCGGUGAGGUUGUGCAGGUUGGAGACAUGGUUAGUCGCUUCAAGGUUGGUGAUCGGGUCCUUGCUCACGCCCUUUCCAUGGAUCCCACCGUCAACAAGUCGUCCGAAGGUGCUUUCCAAAACUACACCGUGAUCAAUGACAACAUGGCCACAGUGAUUCCCGAUUGGCUCGCCUACGAAGAGGCUUGCGUUGUUCCACUUGGUCUCUCAACUGCUGCGACCGCCUUAUUCCAUGAAGACUAUCUCUUUCUCAACCGUCCUGGUGUCCCGCUGGGCACGGGCCCAGACUGGCUUCCCGAAGUGGUUUUGGUCUGGGGUGGAUCGACCAGCGUCGGUUGCAACGCCAUCCAGCUCGCCGCAGCAGCUGGUUACGAGGUUAUCAGCACUUGCUCUCCCAAUAACUUCCAAUAUGUCACUAAUCUUGGCGCAUCUGCGGUCUUUGAUUAUCGCGAUAUCCUCACAGUCCACUCAAUCAUCGAACUUUGCGAGCAUAAGAAGGUUGUCGGCGCUAUCGCUAUCGGAAACGACUCGACUGAAGCUUGCAUGGCAGUUCUUGCGCAGACGAACAGUUCGAAGUUUGUGGCCCGCGCCAACUUCCCAUUCCCGGAAAGAAUUCCAACCACAACCUUCCAGUUAUUGCGUACUAUGGCAGCCUCAAUGUGGUCGAACCUCAGGAUUAAGAUCUGGUCGAAACGCAGUGGUGUGAAAACCAAGUUCAUUUCCGGAACCUCUGCGGCCCAUACCGAGGUCGGCGCUAUGGUUUAUAACCAAUUCCUGCCUGGAGCUCUUGCAACUGGAGUUUUUGUCGCCGCUCCCAAGCCGCGUGUUGUUGGGAAGGGUCUGGGCCGAAUUCAGAGUGCUAUGGAUUGUCACAUGCGGGGUGUGUCUGCUCAGAAGGUUGUUGUAUCGCUUUAA